CUCUCUCUCCCUCUCUUCCUAUAUAUAGCAUCAAAUGCCUUACUUUGAUACACACAUUUGGAGAAAAUUUACAUUUUUUUGAAAGUCGACACAUAAGAGAAAAAAAAAUGCAUGACCAGAAAGAAAGUUGUAAUAUUCUCAAAGAACCUCGUCUUGUGGUGAGGAAAUUCUUAGCCAGACCACAACAUGAGGGACUUGGGGCCAUUGUUAGAAGGAGCAUAGGAAGGUUUGAGCUGAAAUACUUUGAUCCUUUUCUUGUACUUGAUGAAUUCUCAGUUACUGCUCCAGCUGGAUUUCCUGAUCAUCCACAUAGGGGGUUUGAGACAGUGACCUACAUGUUGCAGGGAUCAUUCACUCAUGAAGAUUUUGAGGGGCACAAAGGGACAAUAGGAGCCGGUGACUUGCAAUGGAUGACUGCAGGAAGAGGUAUUGUUCACUCAGAAAUGCCUGCCGCCCAGGGAACCCAAAAGGGCCUACAGUUGUGGAUCAACCUAUCCUCCAAGCAUAAAAUGAUUGAACCAAGAUAUCAAGAAAUUCUGAGCAAGGAUGUUGCUGAAGCCAUCAAAGAUGGGAUUAAGGUUAGAGUUAUAGCGGGCGAGGCCUUGGGAACUAAAUCACCAAUCUACACUAGGACCCCAACUAUGUACUUGGACUUCACUCUCAAACCAGGGGCUCACCUUCAACAACCAAUACCAAUAUCAUGGAAUGCCUUUAUCUAUGUCUUGGAAGGUGAAGGUAUCUUUGGCAAUACAAAAUCUUCACCCACCGCAGCUCACCACCUUCUUCUGCUAGGAACUGGGGAUGGCUUGGAGGUAUGGAACAAGUCCUCCAAACCUCUCAGAUUCAUUCUAGUUGGGGGUGAACCAUUAGGUGAGCCACUAGUGCAGUUUGGACCCUUUGUGAUGAACACACAAGAAGAGAUUGACCAAACCAUUGAUGAUUUUGAGAAUUACGUUAAUGGAUUUGAGAAAGCCAGGCAUUGGAGAUCAGAAAGCAACCUUAGUCUUGAUUAUUAGCUAUUGUUUUAUUUGGAAUUUAAUUGUUGAUGUCAAAAGUAGGAAAUUAAUAAAAUGUUAUUUCUCAAAAUUAUUUUGUUCAUCCAAAUUUAUGAUUUAUGAACCACCAUAAAUUUGAUGUACUCAUUUCCGUAACAUCAACUCCAUUUGAUCA